AUGUGGGGGAGAAGAUCCAUUGCGGCGUCGAGACGCGCUGCACUCGAGGUCCGUCACCGAAUCGCUCUCCGCCCCUCCUCCCCCUCUUUCUUUUCUUCUUUGCCGUCAGUCCCUCGACAGCGUACUCGCCCCAGAAUUACAUUACCUACCUCAAGGCCUCUUUUCGCAAUCACUCCUGUUCGACAUUGCUCCGCCGAAGUUCGCAUGAUGGCGUCCUCCGAUCGAGAUACUCUCCCCGACGUGGCCAAGCCUGUCAACUACCACGUUUCUCUCUUCGACCUACAACUUGGUGGAUCCUGGGAGUACAAGGGCAUUAUCAAAGUCGAUACCAAAAUCACCCGUGCCACUAAGGAAAUUGUUCUGAACUCGAAGGAUAUCACCGUGCAAAGCGCGGAAGUUUUCGGCCAAGAUGGAACCCAACUGGCAAAAGCAACCGAUAUUUCAUACGACAAGACCUCGGAACGUGUUUCCCUCAAGUUCUCUCUGGAUCUUGCGCCAUCCGACGUUGUGCUUUCCAUCAACUUCACCGGAACCAUGAAUAACGUGAUGGCGGGAUUUUACCGCUCAAAGUACACGCCCGUAGGAGAAGCAGGACCUGGCGCUCCCAAGGAGGGAGAUUUCUAUUACAUGCUUAGCACUCAAUUUGAGUCCUGCGAUGCUCGGAGGGCCUUCCCUUGCUUUGACGAACCGAACCUCAAGGCCACUUUCGAUUUCGAGAUCGAAAUCCCCAAGGGUCAGACUGCACUUAGCAACAUGCCUGUCAAGUCGGAAAGAGAUGGAAGCAGUGCCGAUUUGAAGUUUGUUACUUUCGAAAAGACCCCGGUUAUGAGCACAUACCUUCUCGCUUGGGCCGUGGGUGACUUCGAAUAUGUUGAGGCUAUGACUGAGCGCAAGUACAAGGGCAAGAGCAUCCCCGUUCGGGUCUACACAACUCGCGGCUUGAAGGACCAGGCUCGUUUUGCUCUGGAAUGUGCCCACCGCACCGUUGACUAUUUCUCGGAAAUUUUCGAGAUCGAGUAUCCUUUGCCCAAGGCGGAUCUUCUGGCUGUACACGAGUUUGCCAUGGGCGCCAUGGAGAACUGGGGUCUCGUCACUUAUCGGACAACGGCUGUCCUCUUCGAUGAAGGCAAAUCCGACAAUCGCUACAAGAACCGCAUCGCCUACGUGGUUGCACACGAACUGGCCCACCAAUGGUUCGGUAACCUUGUCACCAUGGAUUGGUGGAAUGAGCUUUGGCUCAACGAAGGCUUUGCCACUUGGGUUGGCUGGCUGGCUGUUGAUCAUUUCUAUCCGGAAUGGAAUGUUUGGUCUCAGUUUGUUGCUGAAGGUGUUCAACAAGCAUUCCAUCUCGACUCGCUGCGAGCAUCUCACCCCAUAGAGGUGCCCGUUCGAAACGCCCUUGAAGUCGACCAGAUUUUCGAUCACAUCAGCUACCUGAAGGGAAGCUCUGUCAUCCGCAUGCUGAGUGUUCAUCUCGGCCAGGAGAGAUUCCUUCGUGGCGUCGCUGAUUACCUGAAGUCCCACGCAUACGGUAAUGCCACCACAAACGAUCUGUGGUCUGCUCUGAGCAAGGCUUCGGGACAGGAUGUUCACGGAUUUAUGGACCCCUGGAUUCGCAAGAUUGGAUUCCCCGUCGUCACAGUCGCGGAAGAACCUGGUCAGAUUAGCGUCCGCCAGAACCGAUUCCUGUCUACUGGCGAUGCGAAGCCCGAGGAGGACGAGACCACCUGGUGGAUUCCUCUCGGUAUCAAGUCUGGCGAUAAGCUGGCCAAUGUGGACACUCGUGCCCUCACCGCGAAAUCCGACAAUGUCGCAGGUGCCGGCAGUGACGGAUUCUACAAGAUCAACAAGGAUCUGUCUGGAUUCUACCGUACAAACUACCCGCCUGCACGCCUUGAGAAGUUGGGCCAGUCUCUUGGUCUUCUGAGUACCGAGGACAAGAUCGGAUUGCUCGGAGAUGCUGCUGCUCUUGCAGUCUCUGGCGAGGGCACCACGCCAGCUCUGUUGGCCCUGCUCGAGGGAUUCAAGGAUGAGUCGAACUACCUUGUCUGGUCCCAAGUGUCUUCUUCUUUGGCGAACCUCCGCUCCGUUUUCGCCCAGAACGAGCAGGUCGCUGCUGGCUUGAAGCAGUUCACUCAGAAGCUGGCUAGCCCAACUGCUGAGAAAGUCGGUUGGGAAUUCAAGCCCAAUGAGGACUACCUCGUCAUUCAGCUUCGCAAGCUCCUGAUUUCCAUGACCGGUAACAGUGGCAACGCUAGCACCGUCGUCGAGGCCAAACGCCGUUUCGACCUCUGGGCCACCGGCCAAGACAAGACCGCCAUCCACACCAACCUCCGAUCAGCAAUCUUCAGCCUCAAUGUUUCAGAGGGUGGUCGUAAGGAAUACGACGCCGUCAAGGAGGAAUACCUCCGAACGGACUCCGUCGAUGGCAAGGAGAUUUGCCUGUCUGCCAUGGGCCGUACAAAGGACGCCGCACUGGUGCAAGAUUACCUGAACUUCGUCUUCUCCGACAAGGUGGCGAUUCAAGAUAUCCAUAACGGCGCAGUUUCCCUAGCCGCGAAUGCCAAGAUGCGUCAUCUCCUCUGGGAGUACAUCAAGACGAACUGGGACAUGGUGGAGUCGCGUUUGUCGUCCAACAACGUUGUCUUUGAGCGAUUCAUUCGCAUGGGUCUGUCCAAGUUUGCUGAUCACCAGAUCGGCGAUGACAUCGCUGCAUUCUUCACGAAUAAGAACACUGGUGCUUAUGCUCGGGCCCUUGUUAUUGUUUCGGAUAAUAUCCGGACCAACGCUUCCUACAAGGAACGCGAUCAAGCUCUGGCUCUGGAAUGGCUGCGAGCUCAUGGGUACGCGUGA